UGGACAAACCCAGAGACGCCGCUCCAGCCACUCCCUACGCCCGGCAGAUUGUGAGCUCUCAAAUCCAUCCGGAGCUCCAGUCAAAGUGCUGAGAUCCGGAUGAGACAGCCGCUUUCAGCCUCAUCUAGUACAGCAGACUCAAGUUCAACCGAAAACAGCCGGGAUAGGCUUCGGGAGUCCACUCCAGAGUUGGAGAAGCACCCCGGGAUCAUAGUCUUGUCCGCGGACGGGAUUCAGGACGAAGAGGAACAACUCCGUCAGAGCUAAAGAGAGGAGGGGACACCGGCAGCCAAGAUGGAGGUGAAAACAUCACUUCUAGACAACAUGAUUGGAGUUGGGGACAUGGUCCUCCUGGAGCCCCUUACGGAAGACUCAUUUCUGGAGAACUUGAAGAAGCGCUUUGACCACAAUGAGAUCUAUACAUAUAUUGGCAGUGUGGUGAUCUCCCUGAACCCUUACAGGUCCCUGCCCAUCUACACGCCAGACAAAGUGGAGGAGUAUCGCAACAGAAACUUCUAUGAACUUAGUCCCCACAUCUAUGCUUUGGCAGAUGAGGCCUACCGCUCACUGAGGGACCAGGACAAGGAUCAGUGUAUUCUCAUCACUGGGGAGAGUGGAGCUGGGAAAACUGAGGCCAGUAAGCUGGUGAUGUCAUAUGUGGCAGCAGUGUGUGGGAAGGGCCAGGAGGUGAACAAGGUCAAGGAACAGCUGCUGCAGUCCAAUCCUGUGCUGGAGGCAUUUGGAAAUGCAAAAACUGUUCGGAAUGACAACUCUUCAAGAUUUGGAAAAUACAUGGACAUAGAGUUUGACUUCAAAGGAGAUCCGCUGGGUGGAGUCAUCAGCAACUAUCUGCUGGAGAAGUCACGAGUGGUAAAACAGCCUAGAGGAGAGAGGAACUUCCACAUCUUUUAUCAGCUCCUGUCUGGAGCUUCAGACGACACACUGAAAAAGCUCAAGCUGGAGCGAGACUUCAGCAAGUACAACUACCUGAGCCUGGACUCUGCCACGGUCAGUGGGCUGGAUGAUGCAGCCAACUUCAGGACAGUAAGAAAUGCCAUGCAGAUUGUUGGAUUUAUGGAAGAUGAAAUGCAGUCGGUGCUGGAGCUUGUAGCUGCUGUUCUAAAGCUUGGCAACAUUGAAUUCAAGCCAGAAUCGCGUUGCAAUGGGAUGGAUGAGAGUCGCAUCAAAGACAAAAAUGAUUUGAAGGAAAUGUGUGAGCUGUUAGGAAUCGAGCAGUCUGUACUGGAGAGGGCCUUCAGCUACCGAACAGUUGAGGCCAAGAUGGAAAAAGUUUCCACCACUCUGAAUGUUGCUCAGGCCUACUAUGCCAGAGAUGCUCUGGCCAAAAAUCUCUACAGCCGUCUGUUUAGCUGGCUGGUGACCAGAAUUAAUGAAAGCAUAAAAGCACAAGCUAAAACUCGCCACAAGGUGAUGGGUGUACUGGACAUCUACGGCUUUGAAAUAUUUGAGGAUGGAGACAACAGCUUUGAGCAGUUCAUCAUCAAUUACUGCAACGAAAAGCUGCAGCAGAUUUUCAUAGAGCUGACUCUGCGUGAGGAGCAGGAGGAGUACAUUAGAGAGGGCAUUGAAUGGACAAACAUCGAGUAUUUCAACAAUGCCGUUAUCUGUGACCUCAUUGAAAAUAACCAGAACGGCAUUCUGGCCAUGUUGGACGAGGAGUGUCUGAGGCCCGGGACUGUUACCGAUGAGACCUUCUUGGACAAGCUGAACACAAUCUGCGCUGAUCACCAGCACUUUGAAAGCCGUCUGAGCAAGAAUUCAAAAUUUCUUAACGACCACAGCCUGCCACACAACUGCUUCCGCAUCCAGCACUACGCCGGCAAGGUGUUGUAUCGUGUUGAAGGUUUUGUUGACAAGAACAACGACUUGCUUUACCGGGACUUGUCUCAGGCCAUGUACAAGGCCAAUCACAGCCUCAUCAAACAGCUCUUCCCUGAGGGAAAUCCUGUAAAAGUCAACCUUAAACGACCACCAACUGCUGGAUUCCAGUUCAAAGCAUCUGUUGGCACACUAAUGAGCAACCUGCAAACAAAGAACCCAAACUAUAUUCGAUGCAUCAAGCCUAAUGACAAAAAAGCAUCCCACAUCUUCAACGAAUCCCUGGUCUGCCAUCAGGCGCGCUAUCUCGGCUUGAUGGAGAAUGUCCGUGUAAGGAGAGCGGGAUAUGCCUUCCGUCAGGCCUACGAGCCUUGCCUCGAGCGCUACAAGAUGCUCUGCAAAAACACCUGGCCGCAUUGGAAGGGGCCUGCCAGACAAGGAGUGGAGGUGCUGAUGACUAACCUGCAGGUUCCAGCUGAAGAGUACUCUUACGGCCGUUCAAAGAUCUUUAUCAGAAACCCAAGAACGCUCUUUUUCCUGGAGGAGAAGAGGAAGCAAUGCCUGGAGGACCUUGCAACUCUCAUUCAGAAGAUCUACAGGGGCUGGAAAUGUCGCAGCCACUUCCUGCUGCUGAAAAAGAGCCAGAUCGUGGUGGCAUCAUGGUACCGCCGAUACGCGCAACAAAAGAAGUACCAGAAGAUCAAGCAUUCGACCACCGUGGUGCAGUCCUACACCAGAGGGUGGCAGGCUCGGAAGCUCUUGAGAGAGCUGAAGUAUCAGAAGAAAUGUGAAGAAGCUGUGACCACCAUUGCAGCCUUCUGGCAUGGCACACAGGCUCGGAUGGAGCUAAGGCGUCUAAAACAAGAAGUGCGGAAUAAACACGCUGUGACAGUAAUUUGGGCAUACUGGCAGGGAACCAAGGCCCGAAGAGAGCUACGUCAGCUGAAGGAGGAGGCGAGGAAUAAACAUGCCGUGUCGGUCAUUUGGGCCGGCUGGCAGGGCACCAAGGCUCGCAGGGAGCUCAGGAGGCUGAAGGAGGAAGCCAGGCGCAAGCAUGCCGUCGCUGUGAUUUGGGCCUACUGGCAGGGACUGAAGGUCCGCAGAGAAUACAGAAAAUUCUUCAGGGCAAACGCAGGCAAGAAGAUCUAUAACUUCACCAUCCAGAGGAUUAUGCAAAAAUACUUCCUCGGAUUGAAGAGCAAACUGCCCUCCAUGUCCCCGAUAGACAAGACCUGGCCUGCCAGGCCUUACUCGUUCCUGGAUGGAGUCCAUGCUGAGCUUCGGAGGAUUUUCCAUCUCUGGAGGUGCAAGAAAUACAGGAGCCAAUUCACAGAGGAGAAAAAGGCAGUGUAUGAGGAGAAGCUGGAGGCAAGCGAGCUUUUUAAAGAUAAAAAGGCUCUCUACCCAAGCAGCGUGAGACAGCCUUUCAAAGGAGACUACCUGGAGAUCAGCAAGAAUCCAAAAUAUCAAAAACUCAGCAGCGCCGUAGACGAAAAGAUUCUGCUGGCCGACGUGGUCAACAAGAUAAACAGGGCCAAUGGAAAGGGGUCACCUCGACUCUUUCUGUUAACUAAGAAGAACGUUGUUCUGGCUGAUCAGAAGACUGGGCAGCUGAAAGCCAACGUCCCUCUUACAGACCUUGCAAGUGUGUCAACGAGCUCACAAACUGAUGGCUUCUUUGCUCUCAAACUCAAAGAGGGCUCAGCUUCUGCUAUCAAAGGUGACUUCUUGCUCAGCAGUGAUCACCUGAUUGAAAUGAUAACCAAACUGCACCGCAUCAGCUCCAUGGCUGCAGACAGAGAAAAGCUCAACAUUGACAUCUUAGACGAGUUUCUGGUGCAGUUCAAACAGGACAAAGUGUGCGUAAAAUUCAUCCAAGGUAGUCCCAAGAACGGCAACAGCGUAUCAUGCAAACGCAAAAACAACCGCCUGCUGGAGGUGUCCGUACCUGCGUCAUCCUAAAGAGGAGAGGACCUGACGGCCAACUCAGACGUUCUGGACUUGACAAUCACCACCCCUGUGCCAACCCUGAGCCCAAACACAUGCUGUUAUUUGGCUUCCUGUUGUGUUCUUUAUCAGAUUUUUUCCAUGGCACCGCUAUAGCUGAAAUAAUGGGCCACAAUUUUUUUUUGGCAGAGAAAGCUCAAACUAAAGGGUUGCAUGCCACAGAAAUUUUGGUGUAAAGAGCUGAUGCCAGAGCACAACCGACUUUUUGUAUACCCAUGGCAAUGUCGUUGCCUCCAUGGUAAAUUAGUUUUCAGAGAAAAUGUCAAAAGAACUUAAAGAAGAACUCCAGCCUCCAACAGUUCAGACUCAUCUGCUUUUAAGCUGCUCUGACGCUGGCAAGAAAGAUGGCUUAAAAAUUUGAGAUGAGCUAUGACACAGGAUUUGGGCAUAAGUCUGUCGCAUUUAGUUCUUUGACAAACCUGAAUACUGCACUUGCUUUCCCCUUCGUAACAGAGGGUCUGACCUGAAAACUACAUUGAUUGUAUGUUGUUUUCUUAUUUUUCUUGGAUUACAGCACAGUAGGCAGUUGUGUAAGACAGAAUUUGCUAAAUAAUUGUAAAACACUUUGUAUUCAUUCUUACGUGCCAUUAAACAGGUGUAAACACAGUACCAUGCGAGUGAUGAUCCUAUUUAUAUUGAUGCCAAAAAUGAAAUUAAAUAAUUUCUUUUUGAUUGCACUACACAUGGUCACUUGGAUUUCCUCGUUCUAGUACAGCUGAUUAAUCAUUAUUCCAUCUACUCAGUAAUUGUAAACUGCAUUCUUGUUGAAGGUUGCUUGGAGUUGAGACAUUAGAUCAGUUUGAACCCAACUUUUUUCCCAAAACUACUUUUUCCACCUCAAAUUCUGACCAUUGAAACCAGUGCUAAUGUUGUGUGCAAUAUUGUGUUUCUGGAAGCUGACUUUCCUGUGCCAUAAGCUGUACAUAGGCUUUAUAGGCUGUAGCCAUAACAUGGACACACAGUUUAGAUUCCUUAUUUUCAUAUGUAUUACUGGUGUGGAUGUUUUAGCUUCUACAGCUUUAUUGUAGUGUUUGAACCACUUUUCCCUUCACUUUACAUUACAAGGGAACAGACCAAAUGUUAAUUUGAGAGGUUCUGUUAAGAGGCUAUAUGCAGUUAAUGUUGUACCUAUAGUAAAUUCUUUGCAUCUUUAUUUAAUAAAAGCCCAAAUUUAUUGGAACUGGAAGCUUAGUCGACUGGUUAUCCUCGGAGGGACACAGACCAAAGCAUACUUCUACAAAUUAAAACCUUACAGUGGUCUAUGCUAAUGCCAACUUAGUUAAACCAUUGUAACAUUUCAUUGCCUUAUUUACCCAAAAACUGAGGAUCACUUGCUCAGAACAUGAGUCACGAAGGUGGUGAAGCAGCAAUGAGAUUCCUGUGUGAAUGCAUACUGAGAAUGCAGCAUGAAAUGCUUCUGGUCUUGGUAUGAACCUAAGUGUAAAAAGAAAUGGAUAGCAUUUACCUAUACCACUAAUUUAGCUCUUCGCACUACUUUAAUCUUGUAACUGACAAAUACUGAUCAGAACCUCUUUGUGCCAUUCUCAGUCUGUUUCACAUGUGAGGAUAAAUGGUGGCGUGCCACCUCCAACCUAGGUUUCCUGUGUGAAUAUACCAGCAUGCUUCACAAAAACCGCUAUGACCGCUUUUAGCUUUAACCACUGAGACAAGCUGUUGACUUCAGCCUCUGGGAGAGAGAAAAUUUGAUCCUGGAUGCUGAAGCAAAGUCUGAAAUGGGCCAAGACAGAAAUAGACUUGUACCAUCUUGGACUACAAUCUUAAAAGAAAAAAAAAGUGCUAACCCCUCUUCCAUGAACUUUAAAACUGUUAAAUUUGCAUUGAAUGGCUUAUCCAAAGCAUAAUGAUUCUGUCACCAGUAAUCUUCCUUUUUGAAACUCAGAACGAAACGCAUGACGUUUCCUGGCAGAUAAAUUAUGUAGUUAACAAGCAGAAAAUUAAAGCAGUUUAUGUGUAAGAAACUGCCUUUACUUUUCUAUUACUCAACAGGAAGUGUUCAGGUUCUGUUUCUUGAACCCAUUUGGCUGUCAUACCUCAUAUCGCCAUGUCUUGUUGAAACAAUAAUCAGCUUUACUGGCCAUUGCAGACAUAAGAUUUUAUAAAAUUGUGUCUGCAUUAUUUUUGGGAGAUGAAGGGUUAAGGAAGGCCUCUCCAAAGUCGAGCAGAAGUAAUUCGUAUUUAAAAUGACUGCUCCAGGUCCAGGUUGGAUAACUGCUCAGAAACCGUUAAUGAUUUUUUUUUUCCUUUUAUUUGACUUGUAUACAGAUUACUGGUUUACUUGCAUUAAGCAGACGCAAGUAAACAAAGUGGGGGGGGAUGCAAUCGGACUCCACUUUUCUGCAUUUCAACUGAAAUUUAGAAAUGUUUAUAUUUGGGGCUCUUUCUUUUGAAAAAAUAUCCUUGUCAUGUAAGUAAGUCACUUAUGGUGAUGGGAAAUCAGAUGUCACACAUGAGGGAUAAACUGAUGGUUCUAAUGGAUUUACCUGGAGCCUUGUUUUGGUGUGGUUUCACUUGUAAAAUCUUUCUUGCCCUCUUCUUCCCCUUGAUUUGUAUUUGAACAGUGGUUAGAGCUGCAAAAUGAUGUCUGCAUUCUUGUGUGCCUGAUGUUGAACUGUGUUCAGAGAUGGAACAAGAAAAAUAUUUUAGUAGAACUCAUUGUAACAUUUGCAAGUAUUCUUUUUAAAUUAAAUAAAGAUCAAAGAUAAAUGUU